CUGUGGUCCGUCCGCGCUUUCGAAGGAAGCUUCACGUGUACUAUCAAAGCCUGCACGAUUUCCACACAGUUUUGAGCUGAGUUAAAAUGCCCACUCCAGACAAGAUUUUAAUGAGAAAAAUAAAGAAAAGAGAGAAGAAGAAGUUGAAACUAAUUGCACAGAAAACAAACGGGACUGAAAAAGAAGAAGACAUUUCAACUAAAGAAGUGGAGAAAAGACCACACGAUGAUAGCGAUCAUAGUGAAAAUACAACACCAAAAAAAAAGAAGAAAAAGAAAGCUAAAGCAGUAGAAGAACGAGUACAGGUGAAAGACGAACAGCAAUCUGACAAUGAAUCCAGUCAGAAUGACACUGAUAACGAAGGCGAUAGUAAACCAGGACAGGAAAAUCCAUUGCCUGGUUCCAGCUUAUGUCUGGGCAUACUAUCAGACCAAAAAUUUACUUCUCUAACUGGCAAAGUAUGUGAGAACACACUCAUGGGCAUCAAAGACAUGGGUUUUACAACUAUGACAGAAAUCCAGGCUAAAGCAAUCCCUCCUCUUCUGGAAGGCAGGGAUCUUGUGGGAGCAGCUAAGACUGGUUCAGGAAAAACUUUGGCUUUUCUUAUACCUGCUAUUGAGCUUAUCUAUAAGCUGCAGUUUAAACCUAGAAAUGGCACAGGAGUAAUAAUCCUGUCUCCAACAAGAGAAUUGGCAAUGCAAACAUUUGGCGUUUUGAUGGAAUUGAUGAAGUAUCAUCAUCACACAUAUGGGUUGGUUAUGGGAGGCGCAAACAGGACUACAGAGGCAACAAAAUUAUCUAAAGGUAUAAACAUUGUAGUAGCAACACCAGGCAGACUGCUGGAUCACCUGCAGAACACUCCAGAUUUCCUGUACAAGAAUCUACAGUGUCUCAUUAUUGAUGAAGCAGACAGAAUACUCGAAAUUGGAUUUGAAGAAGAAGUCAAGCAGAUUAUUAGAUUAUUGCCUAAACGCCGCCAAACAAUGAUGUUCAGUGCAACUCAAACGAAGAAAACGGAGGCACUGACAGCGUUAGCCGUCAAACACGAGCCGGUUUAUGUAGGUGUGGAUGACAAUAAAGAACAAGCAACUGUCGAUAGUUUAGAACAAGGAUAUAUAGUAUGCCCAUCAGAGAAGCGUAUGAUGGUUCUGUUCACAUUCUUAAAAAAGAACAGGAAGAAGAAGGUGAUGGUCUUCUUUUCCACAUGCAUGUCUGUUAAAUACCAUCACGAACUCUUUAACUACAUUGACCUGCCUGUCAUGUCUAUUCAUGGCAAACAACAACAAGCGAAGCGUACAACAACGUUCUUCCAGUUCUGCAACGCGGAAUCCGGUAUUUUACUCUGCACUGACGUGGCUGCCAGAGGACUCGAUAUCCCUGCUGUCGAUUGGAUUGUGCAGUAUGACCCGCCGGAUGACCCAAAGGAAUACAUUCACCGGGUGGGCCGAACAGCGCGAGGCCUCGGCACAAGUGGGCACGCGUUGCUGUUCUUACGACCUGAAGAGCUCGGUUUCCUCAGAUACCUCAAGCAAUCCAAGGUCACACUCAACGAGUUCGAGUUCUCUUGGAAUAAGGUUGCUGAUAUUCAACUACAGUUGGAGAAACUAAUAUCAAGAAACUAUUUCCUCAACACGUCAGCUAAGGAAGCGUUUAAGAGUUACCUUCGUGCGUAUGACUCGCACCACCUUAAAACUAUAUUUGACAUCGAUACUAUAGACAUGGCUAAGGUAUCAAAAUCUUUCGGUUUCACUGUACCACCUGCGGUCGAGCUCAAAGUGGCUAACAAAGGACCUCCAACAAAAAGAAAAGGUGGUGGUGGAUAUGGAUACUUCAAAUCCCUAAACGCACCUGGGAGUUUCAAACAAAAGGCGGAAAAAACAAAGAUAUAUAGACAAAAAGGCGGAAACAGGAAAACCAUAAGUUAA